UUUCUCUGUAAGGUUGUCAGUGAAACAUUACCAUCUCUUCUGGCAGACCGAGUCAAUAAUCUCUUGGCCUGGCCUGUAGCUCUCCACACAUUCCGACUAGUCAUGAGUGAUAUGACCAGGGAAUAGAUCGACCACCAUGUCUGUUCCUCACUCUACCCUGCCGAGCCAGAUGGUGCAAGACUAUCCGCGCCCGCCCUCCCUCACGGCCAACUCUGAGACUUCUCAUGCCUCAUCUGAUCUAUCUUUCCUUCAGCACCCGUUUCCUCGCCCUCCAAACAGCCAAUCGCAAUCCUUCGCCUCAGGUCCCGACCUACCGGUUUCGAGAAACACAAGAAACUUGGUGAUCGAUAGCUCUGCGUCCUUGCCGUCGGUACGGUCUAUUCGACGAAAGCCGUUAUCGUCCACCGCGUCGCCAAUCACCGCUAGAUAUUCCUCUGGGGAGUAUCUCGCCAUUGCAAAGAAACCAGAGCAGCGCUUUUCCCGUUCCUACUCGGUAGACAGCCCUACCGUGUACGAGUUUCCUCAUCGCGCGCUUCAGCCUGUUCUUAAGCCCGCGCUGGAAUCGCCAAACGAUAUCAUAUUGAUCCAGGGAAACAGGGAAAAACCCUCCGAGUCGUGUCACCCAUUGGCCUCUGCCGACCCAAGCCCGGCUGUCAUAGCGGGUGAAGUCAAACGUCCAAGUUCCCGGGCUAGCAACCCUGACGCUUCUCAAACGCAGCACAACACCGACCUGUCGCAACCUGAGCAGACCACGUAUGACGACCUCUUUAGCGACGAAGAGGAGGAUCCGCUAAGUGAAAAUAUUUACGACGGAUAUCACUCAGAUUCAUCCGAUAAUAGUAAUUCUAAUCGUUCUAAUACUAUGUCGUUGCAUGUUACCCGCAAAGCUACCCCUCCACAGUUGAAUCUCAAGCAAGACGACUUGACCCCGACAGCUGAUUAUCCUGAAUUAAAAACGCCUAAUACCGAUAAACCGCUGCCAAAAUCCCCAGGCUCAUCUAAAUUAGGGACGUUCUUUGGUUGGGCCUCUUCUCCUUCGAAUACAGAGGUUUCGGACAAAGCCUUUUCGCCUCUCCCAUCGCCUUUUAACUUCUCAAAGGCAACAAGCGUUACCGAUGCAUCCCCAGUCACCACAGUUGGACCACAAUCACUACUCGAAGCCCCAAAGGCAUUAUUUGGAUCCCCCAAUUCCAGGGAAUACUGUGAAUCCUAUUUGGCAACCCCACCGACCGCUACAAUAUCGCCAUACCACGAAAUUGAAGAGAUGGAAGAAGAGCUAAAGGCCAUCUCGGCCGAAUUGGCUGCAUCAAUUCGUCGCGAGAUGGACCUAGAAGAUUUAGUUGACAGAUUACAAGCAGAAAGGGACAAUCCUACAACGGGUGGAAACAAGAGAACCAGCGACUACUUCUCCGAUUCAGGAUAUAGCACCGCGAAGUUAAGCGAAUAUGAUCAAUCGAGGGAAGAGAUUGAGAAAAUCCAGAGACGAUCAGAACAAGAGAAGGCUCAGAUUAGGGUUGAGUUGACCGAUAAACUCCAAGAUGAGAGGUCCAGGAGACAUCAGCUCGAUGAGCAGAUCAAGGAGCUCUCGGACAGAGCAUCUCAGAUUGAUUUGGAAAAGGUUAACAGUGCUGAUACUACUGGACGUAUUAAGGAACUAGAAAGUACUUGUGAGACUUUACGACGCAAGCUCACCGAGGAGCGCCAAGUCAAGGAUAACUUCGAGGACUUGCUUACAGCUCUCAAGGGCGAACUCCAAAAUGCUUCUAACGAGCGCGACAAUCUUCGGGAUGAGGUUGUACCUCAACUUCGAGCUCGUGUAGAAGGCCUCGAGGCGCAAGCGACGGAUUUGGAGAAGAUGACUUAUGAGUCGACAAAAAUGCAACAGGAGCUCCAAACACUCAAAGUCGAAAACACGUCACUCAAACAGAUGAAUACUAACUCAAUGGAUACUAUUUCGGAGGAAGCCGGAUCCAUCGGGUCUCGAUUAUCUCGAUCCAAUUCUUUGACCGGCCCCCCGUCAUCCUUCAAGCUCCAAAGACCCCCCUCUGGCUUGAUGAGGUCUAUGUCAGUUAAGACUAGUGAAUCUCGAGAUCAAUUGUCAGAUCGACUGAAGGAUGUCGAGGAACAGCGAGAUGCUCUACACAAAGCUCUAAAGAACCUUUUGGAAAGACAAGAACAUCAAAACAGGGAAAACGAAAAGAAGAUUCGCGUCCUUGAAAUGGAACGUGAUCGACUUCUUACCGAAUCCCCACAGAAAGCCGGUUUCCAAAAGGAGAUAUCCAACCUACGAGCCGAGAUUAAUGUCUUGCGUCGACGAGCUGAGGAGGCACUCGAGCAGAAGUGGCAAGUCGAAAAGGGACUCGGUGGGCUUAAGAUGGACCUUGAUCGAACCGAACAGGAGAUCGCAUCACUCAGAAGCCUGCUCAAUGAGAAGGAUAUUCUUAUCCCUCCUUCUCUGGCACGCCAAAGUAACGGCAGCGACAAAUUGGCUGUCCCUAUAACGUCGGAAUCCUUGACAGUAGCUUAUGGGGACCUCCAAAGAGCCUAUGCCGAGUCUCUUGAGCGCAUCAAGAAGUUAGAGUCAAGUAGCUCGCAAGAUGAACUGACCAAGGUUGCCAUAGAGAAACUCGAGCAGACCCUUUCCUUCACUGUCUCAGAGCGCGAUUUUGCUCGUCAAGCGGCGACAUCCUAUAAGGAGCAGCUUGAUAUGCUUAAGGCUGGGGAGCGAGUUUACUUAGAAUCCGAAAAGGCCCUUGCUGACGAAUUAAGCGAGUCAGCUCGCCGUGUUGAAGAAUUGGCUGUUCAAGUCCGCCAACAGCUGACUAUCAACCAGACUCUACGUCAAAGAAUCUCAGACACGGUCGCUCGCGGCGAAGCUGAACAGAAGUCUAACAUAGGCCGCAUCACCACGAUGCAAGCGCAUCUCCGCGUCCUUGAAGAGAAGUUGGAGGCUGCGCAAAAUGCUUCCGAGGACCGAAUUACGCGUCAUGAGGAAGAGAUGUCCACCCUCAGGGCUAGUCAUAACGACCAACUAAAGCGAAUGCGCGAAGGCCUACGUUCCCCUCGUACAUUCCCGCCCAAGUCGCCGUUAUCUCCUCUAUUCGCAGCGGCGGGUGCUCGAUCGCCUCGCCUCAGUUCUACACGUUCUGGUCCCGCCAUGAACGUGUCUGAGGAGGCCCAGGUUGACAACCUUCGUGCUCGCAUUGCCGAACUCGAAAAUGCACUUGCCGAUACGGAUGGUGAGAUGCAGCAGGUUGUUAGCCGCAUGAAUACCGCCCAGAUCGAAGUUCUACAACUGCAAGAAGAACGUGAAGCAGCUAUCAGCCAAACCCGAAAAUUGGAGAGGGAGCUCCAGGCCGAAAAGGUGAAAGCGUUUGAAGGGCGUUUCAAGAGCUUACAGUCAUAAAAAUGAUUGAUCCGCCAAUUAAUUUCGAAGUAGACACGUUUCUACAUAUCACGAUCCCAUGAAAUCAACACCAACGAGUACCAUAUAUACUUUUUGCUCUACCUUUUUUGGCAUUUACAGAGACAAUGCAUCCAUAAACCUUGGUUAGGUUAGAGCAGUGCGCUCGCUCCCUGGAUUCAGCAUCGGCGUUGGUAUUAAAAGGUUACCUUUGGUUUAUUGUUCAAUCCUAUUGUAUAUUUGACAGGUCCGAAAAAUAGGCCGCACACUUUUUGUAUAAUGUUUAACACUAAGCCUCUCGGAGGACUGGCGGAGUUGUAUAUCUAAUGUUUUUACCUAGUACCUUCUACCUGUAUUUCUAGGGAUGUGGUUAGUUGAGGAGAGCUGGGUAUCAGAAAAACAACACGCAGUUUGUGUGCACAUAGUUGGGUAGUGUUAGAACUCGUGGAGGAUAUCCCCUGGGUUUGUCGAUAAAGAAAAUGAAGAUUAUCAACACUGAGGCCUCUUUGCAUUUUGAGUGAGUUGU